AUGCCCAGCGUUCAGGGGCCUUUCUUCUUCCUCUUUGUCUUCACGGCUUCCAUCAUAUUUCACCUUCAGCAGCGACUAGUGAAGAUUCAACCCAUUUGGGAGGUACAGGUCCUGGAACAAGAGGUGACCAAGAACACCACGAGCCCCCCGCCCAGGGGUAUGUGGACCAUCAAUGCGAUAGGCCGCCUGGGGAACCAAAUGGGCGAGUACGCCACCCUCUACGCCCUGGCCAAGAUGAACGGCCGGCCGGCCUUCAUCCCGGCGCAGAUGCACAGCACGCUCGCCCCCAUCUUCAGAAUCACCCUCCCGGUCCUGCACGACACCACGGCCAGGAGGAUCCCCUGGCGGAACUACCCCCUGAACGACUGGAUGGAGGAGCAGUACGGCCACAUCCCCGGGGAGUACGUGCGCCUCACCGGCUACCCCUGCUCCUGGACCUUCUACCACCACCUGCGCCCCGAGAUCCUCCGGGAGUUCACCCUGCACGACCACGUGCGCGAGGAGGCGCAGAGGUUCCUGCGGGGUCUGCAGGUGAACGGGGCCCCGCCGAGCACCUUCGUGGGCGUCCACGUGCGCCGGGGGGACUACGUCCACGUCAUGCCGCAGGUGUGGAAGGGCGUGGUGGCCGACCGGGGCUACCUGCAACAGGCCCUGGCCUGGUUCCGGGCCCGCUACCGCUCCCCCAUCUUUGUGGUCACCAGCAACGGCAUGGCCUGGUGCCGGGAGAACAUCGACGCCUCCCGGGGCGAUGUGGUAUUUGCUGGCGACGGUGCUGAGGGUGCCCCCGGGAAGGACUUUGCGUUGCUCACUCAGUGCAACCACACCAUCAUGACCAUUGGGACCUUUGGGAUCUGGGCCGCCUACCUCGCGGGCGGAGUGACCAUCUACCUCGCCAAUUAUACCCUCCCAGACUCUCCCUUCCUCAAAGUCUUUAAGCCAGAGGCAGCCUUCCUGCCAGAGUGGAUUGGCAUUGCCGCAGACCUGUCCCCACUACUCAAGCACUGACAGUAGCCUGUCCUUGGCAGCCCCUUCUCCUUUUCCUUCUCCCCCAAGAUCCAUUUUGAGGCAUAAAGAGCACACUGGUACCAGGACCCUUCCCUCUUGCAUCAGAAAG